AACCCGUCAAAAUUGCUCAGCCAAAUCUCAAUCAUGAGCGAGGCGCUAGACUUCGCGGCGAUGGAGCACUACCGUUUCAAGAGCGACGGACUGACGACGCGAACGUCGGUGGACCAGGAGGAGUGCGAGUCCAGCUGCAACCUCUUCUUCUUCCCACUGCCGGAGCUGCCCCUGGACCAGCAGCUGCAGCUGCAGCAGCUCAGCUUUGUCAACACGGACCUGGAGCCGCUGUUGAUGCGUGAGAAGCACAUCGAGUACUUGAAGCGUGGCCUGACACGGCUGCCGGCAGGUUUCGUGUCGCUGGACGCAAGGUAUCCGCUAGAUCUAUCGGCUGAAAGCAUGAUGAAAUGAUGGUUUAAACGUGAUGAACUGCUGCAGUCGCCCGUGGAUCAUCUAUUGGAUUCUCCACGCGUUGGAGCUACUGGACGCUCUGUCGGAAGAGGUGACGGAUCGCGUAAUUGGCACCUUGAAGCCAUGCUGGAACGACGAUCAUGACGGUGGUUUUGGCGGUGGUCCCAAGCAGUUGGGCCACACGGCCACCAACUACGCGUCGUGUCUGACGCUCGCUCUGCUCGGAACACCAGAGGCACUGGAGAGUGUGGACCGACAGAAGCUGUACCGGUUCUUCAUGUCGAGGAAGCACGCGGCCACAGGAGCUUUCACUGCUCACGAUGGAGGCGAGGUGGACGUUCGCGUGACGUACUGCGUCAUUUCCAUCGCCAGCUUGUACGGGAUUCUGACGGACGAGCUGAAGGCUGGCGUCGUGGACUACAUUCUAUCGUGCCAGACGUACGAGGGAGGCUUUGGUGGUGAGCCAGGCAACGAGGCUCAUGGUGGCUACGCGUUCUGCUCCGUUGCGGCGCUCUACAUCCUCAAUGCGGUGGAUCAGAUUCGAGAUCUCCCUGGACUGCUGCAUUGGCUCGCGAACCGACAGAUGCCGUUUGAGGGAGGCUACCAAGGACGAACGAACAAGCUGGUGGAUGGCUGCUACAGCUUCUGGCAGGGUGCAGUGCCGGCGUUACUGGCUGAUGUUGUCAGGGAACGAUACGGAGACGAGGUGCCGUACCAAUGUCAUCAGGAACAGCUGCAGAAGUACAUUCUGUUGUGUGGACAAGAGAUCAGCGGCGGACUGCGUGACAAGCCGGGCAAGCCGCGCGAUCACUACCACUCGUGCUAUUGUUUGAGCGGUCUGUCUGUGGCGCAACAUGGAGAUGGCAGAGGUAAACCAGUCGUGUUUGGAGACGCGUCCAACCUGGUGGCUCGCACGCACCCGGCGUACAAUAUCAGCUAUGACAAGGCGACACAGGCGAUCGAGUAUUUCAAGAAGAAGGGUCCAUUCCAGCCCGAGUAGAAACACAGGUAACGUCUUCUACUUAGACCAAAUUGAACUGUGUCUUGUGGCUUGAUUGAUUAUAAAGGAGGCAGUUUCUCCGGUUUGUCGUCAUGAUCUUUAUGACUCAGACUAUGCACGGAUGGAGAAACACCCAACUUGGGUAAUGGAGGCUGGAAAUUAGACGCAGACGAGUGUGAGCCGUGAUGGCCGGGAUGGUGUACGUUCAACGAGCCUUUCCGCUUCUCUCGGUCUCUAACGGAC